GCUCCCUAUCCCCCCAGGGCCCAGAGGAGGACUUACUACUCAUCCCUGACUGCCCCAGGACUUCAGCCUAACACUCCAUUAUUUAUGCUGAGGGACAGAAGGUCAAGCGCUAAAACUGUGCGAAUUCACAUAGAUAUUCCUCGUAUGAAUCAUGAAAUUUUAAGACUUCAACCCAAAGUAACAGAGAUUUUUGAACGAAUUUUGUUUAUCUGGGCAAUACGUCAUCCAGCCAGUGGAUAUGUUCAGGGAAUAAAUGACCUUGUUACUCCUUUUUUUGUAGUCUUCGUUUGCGAAUAUAUAGCAGAAGAAGUGGAAAAUUUUGAUGUUUCCAGUCUGCCUGAAGAAGUGCUGCAGAACAUUGAAGCUGACAGUUACUGGUGCAUGAGCAAGUUGCUUGAUGGCAUUCAGGAUAACUACACCUUUGCACAGCCAGGGAUUCAAAAGAAAGUGAAAAUGCUGGAAGAACUUGUUAGCCGGAUCGAUGAACAAGUACACAGACACUUAGAUCAACAUGAGGUGAAAUACUUGCAAUUUGCUUUCCGUUGGAUGAAUAACUUGUUAAUGAGAGAAGUUCCUCUGAGGUGUACCAUAAGGCUAUGGGACACAUACCAGUCUGAACCUGAGGGUUUUUCUCAUUUUCACUUGUACGUCUGUGCUGCCUUCCUUGUCAGGUGGAGAAAAGAGAUACUGGAAGAAAGAGACUUUCAAGAGUUGCUGAUUCUUUUACAGAAUUUGCCCACAAUGCACUGGGACAAUGAAGAUAUUAGCGUCCUCCUCGCAGAAGCCUACAGACUGAAGUUUGCAUUUGCAGAUGCCCCCAAUCAUUACAAGAAAUGAGCAUAAAGAACCAGGAUCUUUAACACCAGUUUCUUCUGGAGUAUUGAUGGCUUUCAUUAUUCAGAUUUGCACUUUCAUAUAAUUACUAAUCAUUGCAUUUAAGUGAAGAAUUCUGUGAGGACUUACAAAAUGAGGGCAGAAUACCAAAGAGAUGGAGAGAGCAGGAUAAUGAACAUUAUGUUGGCAUAAAAGUGAACUUCCAUGCUCAACACAUAAAAGCAACAUAAGUUCUGUUAAGGUUUCAUAUUAUUUCAUAUUCCUUCCUUUAAUAAUUAUUGGAAUUAUAUAUAAAUAUACAAUGCAUUUUUGCAUUAAUCUCUGCCUGGUGAUUGUCAUGUGUCCAUGAGCCUUAAAAUCCGGUAUGGGACUGACUGUGAGCUUGAAUAAUUAUUCCUAUCUAAGCAAUACUACUCUCUGAUACCUUUGCCUGCUUAUAUUUGUCUGUAGUAGGAAUGAUUCCCAAUGGUAAAAACAAGGGCACAUCAUGCGUAUGAAGGUGAAUUUGGACAGUAGGGCUCACAAGUAUUGGGUUUUUUUAACCUGUGAGAACAUUUAAAUAUUAUUUUGUGUUUUUACAGAGAACCAAAAUAUGGAAACUUCAGUAUAACACAACAUAUGGUGGUAUAAUUUGUACAUUUUCUACAAGUAAUUAAUGUUGUCCUGAGAGUUCCCUCAAGCCCUGCGCACCAUUGUAACCACGUUAAGGAUUUAAGUGGGGCUUAAGGAUUUAUGUUAGCACCCAAUUAAAUUCCCCCACAUAUUUUGGAAUAUUUCUAACACACUGAGUAAAGUGAAAAAAUAUGCUUUUUUGUCAUAGUAAACAAAAUCAUAAUUAUUAAGUUUUAAAAGAGGUAAAUAUUUGUCAGCAUGAAAAAUCACUUGGAAGGGAUUUAUGUUCAGAAGCUUAGUUUACAGUGCAAAAUGUUUUAAAUGUCAGUUAUUGCCUUAUUAUCCAUUUCUAACGUGUUAGAAAAGGAAAAAAGUAAUACUUGUUUGUUAACUAAUUUGCUUGAGGAUUUGUUUUCUCUCCAUGAUGCAGUGGAAGUGCAAAAAUUGCUAUUGUUAACAAUAAUGGUAACUAUGUGUCCCAAUUUCCUUUCCCCGACCUUGCAACAUGAGAAGAAUAAAACUCCCCCCCCCUCCCCUUCCAAAAAAAAACCCCCCAAAAAACUUCAGUUAAUGUUCCUUCAUGUAAUUACAGGAUUUUUAAUGAAUUUUUACACUCUGUUAAUUUACUGUAAAUGGAAUAUUUAUUUUCAGGAAAUCUUGUAAGAUAGUUCUGCCUGCAGUUGAGAACUGCAAAGAGCACAAUGUACUAAGAAUUCAAAGUUAUUUUACUUUAAUAUACUUCCAGACAGAGUUACAGUGUUAAAGGCACAAAUCUAGACAUAGCAAUGCACUAUUAUUUUAGGCAAAUAAAAAAAAUCUUCAGGAGUGCUUUAUCUUAAGAUACAAUAAUAGCGAAUUAUUUACAUUCUCUUACAAAAUAUCCAGUAAGUUUUUUUUUCUUUUGUGUUGUAAAUUACCCGUUGUAUAGGUCGUGGUUUUUGACAGUUUUUUUAUUAAUUUAAUAGCAGAAUUGAGAUAAAGAAAAUAAGACUAAUUUUUACCAGUUUGGGCUAUGGAAUGUCUUUUAAAAUGGCAUAAAAGGGGAAGGAACUAACUGAAACAAUUGAUGUUUUGACAUUGAAAGUAUGAUUCUGUUCUAUUGAAGUCAAAGGGAAUCAAAUAAAUUAGGAUCAGGAUUCCUGUAUUAUUGUAUUUGUGCCUAAAGUACACAGUCCAUGUGCCCAUCUUAAAUAUCAAAUGGUCCCUACAUUUUUGUUUAUCUUUAAUGUGUGUCUAGAAUUAACCUUAAGUUGACACAGAAUGUCAUAUUGUGCCUAACAAAAUAGCUACCAUUAACAGAGUACAUCCUGAAACUUUUAUGUGACAAUUUCUGGUAGUUAUAUCUGUAACUACCAUAAAUAAAAAUAAUCUGUUAAUAGAAAUUCAGAUUAUUAUAACUAAUUCAAAAGAGAAAAAUACACAGCAGUAAGCACAUAAUUAUUCUGUGAGAUUUGUAUAGUUAACUUGUUUAUCAAGACAUUAUUUAGCAAGAUACAUGGAAUAUGAAAAGUUGACUCAAAAUUAUUUGCUGUGUUAGAUGCUACUGUGUAACAUUUAUAAAGCUGGGUAUGUAUUUCUAAAGUUUCCUUCACAAGGUCCACUGAUGAUGACUGCUACGUCUUCCAAAUUCAAGUGGUAAAUAUCACUUUCUUUUAAAGAAAAUGCUGUCAUGUCCCCAAAAGAAGCUAUAUUUGCUGUUGCACUCAUAUCAGAAAUUAAAGAUUAUACUUAUGCACAUUGCUUUGUGAAGGUCCUUGGGAGUUUCCUAAUGUACUGAUGAUAUGUAGAUGAUAUUUUAGAGUACAUGAAAGGCUAUUUUAGAGUACAUGAAAGGCUAACAUUUUUGUGUAAAAUCUCUUCCAAUUUAUAAUACCAUAAAACGUAAUACAAAAACAUUUCACUUUAUAAAAGUAAUUAUCCUUAUGUUUUCAUAAUUAUCCAUCUCAGGCAAAGUGCCAUUCCAACCAAGCUGUUAGGUACAGAGGAAAUAACAUUCUCUGUCAUUUUUACCUCCAAAGACCUAUUUUUCAAUAUAAAAAAUGAGAAUAUUAAAAUUGGUUUGUAAUUUGUAUUUUCUUAUGGAUCAAAGAUUUUAAACAUAGAGGAGGUAUCUUAACACAUCUUUAGUAAAUCCAAUCUGUAGUUUAAUGAAAUUGAUAUGACAAUACGGAAGGUUGUGUUGUCUAAAAGGCAAUGUGUUACAGGAUUUUUGUAAUAAAAUUUACACUUUAGAGAAACAGCUUUAUGACUUCAGUAUUCACAUAGUAGUGUAAAUAAUAAACAAAUUAAUCAAGUUUGUAAAUAUAAUACAUGAGAAAACAUAAGAUUCUAAGCUUCAACUCUUAUGUACAUCUCUAAUACAUUAAAAUAAAUCAUGUUACAAUGUUCCUUUUGCUUCUUUUCAUAUUGGAAAAAAACCUAUGAAUUUAUAUUUAACUUCAGAACUAUAAAAUAAAAGUACAUAAAGUUCA